AUGGAGGAGGACGACGAGGUCGCGCCCGGGGUGGACCUUUACGCCGUCCUCGGCCUCGAGAAGGCCACCGCGACGGCCGCGGACAUCAAGCGCGAGUAUCGCAAGCUCGCCCUGCGAUGGCAUCCCGACAAGAACCAAGGCGACGUCGCCGCGCAGGAGAAGUUCAAGGAGAUCUCCAAGGCGUACUCGGUGCUCGGCGACGCCAAGAAGCGGGAGUACUACGACAAGACCGGCGACGUCGAGGACAUGGACGUGAGCGCCGAGGAUUUCGUCAAGAUGUUCCAGGCGAUGAUGAGCGAGAUGCUCGGCGGGUUGUCCAUCGCGGACAUGCUCGAAGGUGCGCGCCCGCGCCCCCGACCCGCGACCGCCCGCGACUGA